GGUACUGACAUUUGGCGAGUCACAUCCGCCGUCACCGCUACUCGCUCUUUCCGUCCCUAGCAGCGGCCGAAAAAUCUAGAGCCGCUUUAAAUUGGGUGCAAGCAAGACUUGUUGGAAAAUCAUUUUCUGGGACAGAAGCAUUAGAUAUCAAAUAUGACUUACGGAGCAUCGACCGGUGGAUAUCGUAACAGCAGUGCAGGACACCGCGGUGCCAGUGGAGGUCAACGUAAUGGAUAUGGCGGAGGUGGUGGGGGUGGAGGUGGCGGCGCUUCCGGGGGUCGAUUCGGAAGUCGCGGAGGAUCUGGUGCGGGAGGCGGCGGUCGUGGUGGACGAGGUGGUGGCGCUGGCAGUAACCUAAGGAAACCUAAUUGGGAGUACGAAAGCCUGAAACCAUUCAAGAAGGAUUUCUAUGUGCCACAUCCUAAUGUUCAGACUCGUCAUCCUCAAGAGGUUGAGAUUUUCAGAGAAGAGAAGCAGAUCACUCUCAAAGGAGAGAAGAUUCCAAAUCCUAUUCAGUAUUUUGAGGAGGGCAACUUCCCCGACUACGUUAUGCAGGGUAUUCGCAAGCAAGGUUUCUCGGAACCUACUGCUAUUCAGGCUCAAGGAUGGCCCAUUGCUAUGUCCGGCCGUAAUAUGGUUGGCAUAGCUCAAACUGGCUCUGGCAAGACCCUUGGCUACAUUCUGCCAGCUAUUGUUCAUAUCAACAGCCAGCAACCAUUAAACCGUGGAGAUGGUCCCAUUGCACUUGUUCUCGCUCCCACCAGAGAACUUGCUCAACAAAUUCAGACAGUAGCUAAUGACUUUGGCUCGCUGUCCUAUGUAAGAAACACCUGCAUCUUCGGCGGUGCACCCAAGGGUGGACAAGCUCGUGAUUUAGAACGUGGUGUUGAAAUCUGCAUAGCCACACCUGGACGUCUAAUUGAUUUCCUUGAGCGUGGAACAACUAAUUUACGUAGAUGCACAUAUCUAGUUCUGGAUGAAGCUGAUCGUAUGUUGGAUAUGGGCUUCGAGCCACAAAUUAGAAAAAUUAUUGAACAAAUUCGACCAGACAGACAAGUCCUCAUGUGGUCAGCCACCUGGCCCAAGGAAGUUAGAAACCUCGCAGAAGAGUAUCUUACCGAUUACACACAAUUGAACAUUGGCUCCCUCACACUCUCCGCCAAUCACAACAUCCUCCAAAUCGUUGACGUUUGCCAGGAACACGAGAAGGAAUCAAAGCUGGGCACGCUACUUCAGGAGAUCGGUAACGUGAACGAAGAUGGUGGAAAGACAAUUAUUUUCGUAGAAACAAAGAAAAAGGUUGAGAACAUCACAAGGAACAUUCGUCGCUACGGAUGGCCAGCAGUGUGCAUGCACGGUGACAAAUCUCAACAAGAACGCGAUUAUGUUCUUAGAGAAUUUAGAAACAAGAAGGGUUCCAUUCUUGUGGCAACAGACGUUGCUGCUCGUGGAUUGGACGUCGACGACGUCAAGUACGUGAUCAACUUUGACUAUCCGUCAUCGUCCGAAGAUUACAUCCAUAGAAUCGGCAGAACGGGUCGCUCGCAAAGCACGGGCACCAGCUAUGCCUUCUUCACACCACAGAACAGCCGACAGGCUAAAGAUCUGAUCAACGUCCUCCAGGAGGCCAACCAAGUCAUCAACCCCAAGCUAUCCGAGCUGGCUGCUAGAGGAGGUGGUGGCGGUGGCUACGGUGGCAGGAAUCGUUGGGGAUAUGGUGGUGGUGGACGUGGAAGGGAGAACACCUUUUCCGGCUCGCACAAGCGGUUCGAUAAUGGCCGAAGCAACGGAUACAGUAAUUACAGUUGAUUUAGUCAAUUUUAAAUUGAUGGCCGAAACGGUAUACCGAAGUCGACCUGCAGGGGACCUAGUUUAACUUACAAUUUCCCUUAAACUGUGAUUAGAAACCGAGUCCCCGCUGACGGUCGGACAGUAACCAACCUAACACGCCAGUCGAUCGCUCGGCCGUAAUCUUUAUCCCAAGAUAUCUUUUUUUUUUUAUUUAUAAUCCCACACCUACCCCUCUAGCUUUUGUUACAAUUAGAACGUGCGCAGUGGGUUCUAAAAUGAAAAACAGAAUUUAUGUUAGUUCAAAUGACGGUCUUACUUUUUUUUUUUCUUUCAUUGCAAACUAGACGAUGCUCUUUUAGAUUUUACGCAAAAGCCACGCGGGCUGAUCUUGCUAUGAUGAAAAAUAUGUUUGAAAAAUAAAAAGAAGAAACAUCUACGUUUGAUGUUUUAAUUGACGAUGGACACUUGCAGACUCCUUUCAUACCGAAUGAAGAAUGUUGCGAGAACGCGUUAUUUUUGGAUACUAAGAUUGAUGGGGAUUAUACGAUGACGUUACUUAUGUACUAUCAGCAGGGUUGUUGAGUUUGAUCAAUGAGCAUCGUUUUAAUAUAGUUAGGAGCCGAGUGAGGCAUAUGGACCAUUUACAAACUUCAGUAUUCAUUCCAAGAUUGUGGAAUGGUCGGAUCGCUUUUGGUCAUAGAGAGAGAGUAAAGCUCCCUUUGAGCUAAGCGAGUUUAAAUAUAACCAAAGCGUCUGAGCUCUAAGGUACAACUGAUCUGACGGGUCGCAGUGAUCCUUUAAAGUCUUUAAAUUAAAAUACUCUAUUGUUUGAAAUUCAUUUCAUCUUUUCAUGCCGUGUGCAACACUAUCCUAAAAGCUAGUAUGCACGUAAAUGUAUGUCACAAUUGAAGUACCAACAAUAAAAGAAAAAGGAAUAAAAUGCAA